AUGCCAGAAAGAGUUUCAACAAAGAAAAGUUUAAUGACAAAACUGUUUGAUAAAAUCAAGUCUAUUGAUAUGUACGGUAAAGACAUCUCCCUCACCUAUGAUGGUGAUGAUAAAUACCGUACUUACAUUGGUGGUGUCUCCUCUCUGUUUGUCGGAAGCAUCAUCAUCACCUAUGUGGUCUACUUGUUCUACAUCAUGUUCUACAAGCAAGAUACCAGUGUGGCCACUACUGGCUCCAUCAACGACAUCUUCAAUGAUGUCAAAGUGCACAAGCCUGCACAAAACAAGUUCGACUUUGCGAUUUCGCUGGUUGCAAAUGGAGUUGACUACAUUCAAGAUACCACUGCUUUCACAGUCGAGCUCAACCAGGUUGUACAGGAGUGGGACAGCACAAGCCAGGACGCUUCCUUCACCAGGACCAAGACUCCUCUGACUUUCGAGAAGUGAGGAACCACCAACUUCAACUAUGACAAUGUCGCAGAAGUCCAGAGGAUCGGCAUCGAUGACUUCUACUGACCGACUUCGGACAACUACUCAGUGGCAGGUUCGUUCUACGCUAAGUCGUUCCACUACCUGGAACUCAAAGUCAAGAAGUGCACUGGCAGCGCUUCGUGCAAGACGGACGCAGCCAUCAACACCAUCAUGGCGGACUCCAGAUUCAGUCUGGCGCUGGUUAACUCUCUGGUGAACUUCGACAACUAUGGAGACCCGAUCGAGCAAAUCAUCGAUGACGGGAAUUACUGGGAGUUGACUGCAGGGUUCAGAAAGAAGAGUGACUUAUUUAUUCGUUACAAUGUUGGCAACUUCGAAGACGAAUACUUCCAACUAGGAUUUGAAAGUCAGAAAGACUUCUACCAAGUAAUCGACACCAAGGACAGAUUUGAAGCUGAGUCUUCAUCAGGAGACGUCCUCUCUAUUUAUUUCCGAGUUGACAAAGCCACAAGUGAAUAUGGAAGGAAAAUAUUUUCACUUGGCGAACUCAUGGGACUGGCUGGAGGCUUCUAUGGCUCUUUACUUACUAUUGGAUCAUUCUUUAUCACAGUCUUUGCCGACAAACUCUAUGUGGCAGCUUUGCUAGGGCGGAUCUAUAAAAUCGAUACAAACGUUGAGAAGGAGCACUUGACUGGAAAAACAAAGGUGAACCCUAUCGAACAAAAGGAUCUUUACUCAAAGGAUUCUCCUUCAAGUAUGGCUGAUUCCAAAGCUUUGAAGUUCAGAGAUAAUCUCGAGACUUGUAAGCAAGAGAUGGGAGAAGAUCCAGAGUGGAAUAAUACUGAAAGAAACAAGUUACUUGAAAAAUGAGAAAAAAGUAUGAAAGAAAGAAGGCCAUUUACUUAUGGAUAUUAUUCAAUAUUCCAACACUUCAUGUGCUGAGUUUCUUGAAAAGGGGACAAGAAGAUCAGAAGAAGACCUGAACUGCGACGUCAUGCGUACUUUAAUGUCGGAAAGGAUAAGUUAGCACGAGAGCUUGAUUGUGUCACUCUUAUUAAAGCUAUCAAACAGCUGAAGAUUUUAACCCAGGUUCUGCUGAGUAGGGAGCAGAAGUUCUUGAUCAAGUAUCAGCGUCAAAACAUUAUUCCCAGUGCAUCUUCUGGCAGUUCUGAUGAUGAAAAGAAUGUUAUUCAAGAAAACAAGAAUGGAAAGAAGGGCUAUGAUGGCUACCAAAGCAGAAACCACUCCAAAGAGCACGAAGAUAUAACUCAGAUAAUUCAGGCUUUUAGGAAUAAGGAUCUUGAUGAUGUAGACUUGAGAAUUAUCAACGGAAUAUUCAGGAAAGAAUCAAUAGACAAGAAUGAAACAAAAGUAGUUAGCCCGAAGAAUGCUAAUAAGUUAGUAUCACAAUCACUAGAAGAAUUAAAGAAGGGUUCAGACUCAGACCGUAACAUGCCAAACUUGGAAAUUAACCAGCUGGAGCAAGUGUAUUAUGGUACUCCCCCACAAGAUAGCAUGAAUUCAGGAAGAAAAGACACCAUGAAGAUCUUGAAAAGUACCCCAGGAAGUGGUUAUGCCUCCAAAGAUAAUAGCCUCAGAGCUAUAAACAUCGACGGUAUUUAGGAUUUUUUGGUUC